UCUAAGAAUGAGAGGCAUAUUUUGUAAAAAAGUAUGGAAAUAAUGCAAUACGAAAAUGGUAUAUGUAAACUAUGAAAGUGUAAAUAAAGUCAAAAUAUAUAUAUAGAUUUGUGUAUAUACGGAAAAUAUAUAUAAUAUACGGAACUGCCACUGAAUCUGUUGACAUAACGGUAUUAUUUCUUUCCUGGAUAACACAUGUAUAGCUAAUCAGAUGAACGCCAAAUUUCUGCUCGUUGUUGGAUUGGUCUGCCUAGCAGUCUCCGCAAAUGCAGCCCCCCGAGUGAAGAGGUUCACGUGCACGUUUAUGAGAGGACGGGUUUGUGAGGACCAUUGUUACCUUCUGAACAGACAGGGAGGCUCGUGUGACAGUCAUAACGUAUGCAACUGCAGAUCGGAGACAGUAGUUGGAACUUCCCAAAUUGGUACGACGCAGAGUUCAAGUGGAACAACACCGACAAAAAAAAUUCUACACAGACUAAAGUUGAUACGACCCGGAGUACAUUUGGUACGACAUGGAGAAUAAGUGGUACGACCCUGAGAGCAAAUCAUACAAAACGGAGUACAAGUGGUACGACUCGGAUAAAAAGAAGAUCGACCCAGAGUACGACGCGGAGUGCAAGCGGUGCGAGACGGAGUACAAGUGGUGCGAGACGGAGUACAAGUGGUGCGAGACGGAGUUCCAGUGGUACGACGCGUAGUGCAAGUGGUACGAGACGGAGUUCAAGUGGUGCGAGACGGAAUUCAAGUGGUACGACGCGGAGUGCAAGUGGGACGACGCGGGGUGCAAGUGGGACGACGCGGAGUGCAAGUGGUGCAAGACGGAGUUCAAUUGGAGUGACACGGAGUGCAAGUGGUACCACGCGGAGUGUAAGUGGUGCGAGACGGAGUUCAAGUGGUACGACGCGGAGUGCGAGUGGUGCGAGACGGAGUUCAAGUGGUGCGAGACGUAGUUCAAGUGGUGCGAGACGGAGUUCCAUUAGUAAGACGCGGAGUGCAAGUGGUGCGAGACGGAGUUCAAGUGGUACGACGCGGAGUGCAAGUGGUGCGAGACGGAGUUCAAGUGGUGCGAGACGUAGUUCAAGUUGUACGACGCGGGGUGCAAGUGGUACCAGACGGAGUUCAAGUAGUACGGCGCGAAGUGCAAGUUGUGUCUGACGGAGUUCAAGUGGUGCCUGACGGAGUUCAAGUUGUGCGACGCGGAGUGCAGGUGGUGCAAGACGGAGUUUAAGUGGUGCGAGACGGAAUACAGUUUAAUGAAUUUAUUUGUAACAUUUUGAGAAUUAAACGAAGUGGAUAAUUUUGCAGAUCGAUAAAGCCAUUGUUUUAACAUAUAUGUAAGACUUUCUUGUUUUAUAGAUAUAGCAUCGUUAUAAUUGACAAGAUAGCGAAAAGCUAAUAUUAUAACCUCUCUCCUUAUAUUUCACUAAGAAAUGUGUUUCAUGAAGAACUUUGAUUCCUUUCAAAAAGAGAGACAGCAAUGAAAACAGAUGCUGUGAAAUCAAGUAGUUUCGCUUAGAUUUUCGCAGAUUCAGGGAAUAUAAGAAAUAUUGAUUCUGUAAAGUGGCGGUCAGUAGAGUAUAUCGAUUGUUUGUGAUUAAGAUCAUUUCUGAAAUGUGCUCCUACGAUCUGCUUCAACGUGACCUUCGUACAUAUAGUAUGUUAAGUUCCUUAAUCUCUUAUAAGAAUACAACAAUUUUAAGCCAAUGAAUUUGCAUAUAGGCAAUCAUGAACUUAAUGAUUAAGAAUUUCAACUUUCGCAGGUGUUUAAACGUCCGCCUGCUGCCAAUCAUUUGAUACACACUCCCUGCGUCAGAAUUUGCGUUAAAAUAAGCUAGCCAAUGUGGUAGUACUAGUAUUAUAACAGUUAGAUAACCUCACUCAUCCUAAUCUUAAUCAUUAAAUUGUUACUUCAUGUCAUCUAACUUCUACUUAUUAAGGCGAUUUACAGACUUCAAACAAGUAUAUUUUUCAACAACGAAACAAAGCUGAAACAAUAUUUAACAUGCAAAACUUAUACCAUAUAUAUAUAUUACAAUUGCAAUGAAUUGUAAUUAGCUUGUUUUGUCACUCACGAACAGUGACAUCGAACUACGAACAUACGGACACCGAGCGCAAUCAUUUAUUUGCAUUUAGGUUAUCAUAGCCGGGAAAAAAUAAUUAUUGAAUUCACGUUGUUAGUUUUAUGGGGCCCCAAAAAAAACAUCGAACCACCGCAUCAGCUAUAUGCAAACCUUUGCCUAAAUAUAACAUAGAAACUCUCACUUUCAUAGAGUGCCCGUUUUGACAACUUUUUUUAUCUUAAAAUGAGCCACUUUUUGCGUAAAUAUCUGGAAACCAGUGCUAUAAGAAGGCUGAAUAAAGAUUUGAUCCAAGUUUUUAAUACAGUCCAGACUCGCUAUGUCGACGUCGGAUAUGUCGACUUUCCGGUUGUGUCGACUUUUUCUUCCGGUCCCGAAUUUAUUCCUUCUUAUUCUAUAUAAAAUAAAUCUGUUUGUGUCGAUUUUUUUAUCUCGACUUUUUCGCUAUGUCGACCUCGUGUUUCAGACCCUGUGGUCGAAUUUCCCACAUUUCCUAUGUUCUUUAUGUCGAACUGUAGAUGUAUUUACUUUCGAAAAGUGGUGUUUUAUGGCUAAAAGCGUUAGUAACGCUUUAAGAAAAAUGAGUUUUUCGGCGGUUUUCCAAAAAAUUGAGAUCUGUCAUUUAGUGAGUUAUCUCAUAUGACUGAAUUGAAUGCAUUGAUGCCAAAAUCAGCUGAUUCUGAGACAAAAAACUAAAACAAAAGUCAAUUUGUGAUAGUGUAGAUAUAACAAUAAAGCUCUUUUUUAAACUUUUGAUGAUGUUUUAUCUUUUUUACAAGCAUUUUGUUUACAUUUUACAUAAAAUAUAUGUCUUCGAUGUCUGGCCCUCUAAACCCUGGACAUGUC